UACAUUUAUUGUACAGUGAAGUGGAACUAAUAUCCUUUUUCUUUAUUUCACAGACAGAAUAUAAUAAUGCAUUCCCAAGCGUUAUAUGUUUGGAGUGUAAAAUAUGUUUAGUGCAGGCGUUUAAUGUUCGCCAGGAAUUCAUAGCAAAAGCAGAAUUUUUGGUGCAACUGGUGGCCGAGAAUAAAUUGGCUGAGUACUAUCAUAGUGCUGUAACUAAGGCUCAAACAUCGAUUAAGCCUAUAGCACCUACGCGAUUCAUAUUUGCUGAUACAGAUGAGACAUGCGGAUAUCCUUCAACCAAAACGCUAGUUCCGAUUCAUAGUCCGACCUCGAACAAUUUCAUCACAAAAUCGAUCAAACUCAAAGCACCAAAACAAUUCAUAUUUACUGACAUAAAUCAGGCAUACAGAAAUCUUUCGGCCAACCAGCUGGUGUCGAACGAUAAUGCAACCUUACAGCGUAGUGCAGGAACAUUGAACGAACAUAAUACGGAAACAAACAAAAAUGACGUCGAGCAGCACGAGUCGGAUACAUCCGAUCCAAAAAAUCAUUCAUGCUACACCAAGGUCGAAAAUCCUGUUGAAAAUAAUGACGAUAAACAGCAAAAUUGUUUUGCUGAAAGUGAAGCAGAAAUAGAAGACGCUUGUAAUCGCAGCAGUACACCGGAAACUAUGGUCGAGUAUGAAAAAGAAAAACCAAUGGAACGAAAACUUAAGGCUGAACAGCGACAAGCACUUAAAGCUCAGCAAGGAAGAAAGGUCAUCAAAAAAACAAACCGGUUGGAAGAAGAAGCUCGCAGAAUGUUUCCAUUUACCACGUGUUACGUUUGCGACAAGCAGCACGAUUCAAUGAUGGAAUGCAAUUUUCACAUGCGAGAACAUAUCCCGAUGCUCCCUUACGAAUGUUAUGAAUGUAUGGUGGAAAGCAACAAAACUGAGGCUACAGAGGCUGACGAAAAGUAUCAACCAUUGGAAUUGAAAACUUUAAAUAAGUUGAAUUUGCAUUUUAGGAUGCACCGAUUGCCACACAAGUGCGACAAAUGCUAUCGGCGGUUUAUUACUACUACAAAACUUAACGCCCACGUGAGCAAUGUGCAUGCUUUCGUAGACACUGGAUUCACUUGCGAAUAUUGUGGAAAGCAAUAUUUUGAUAGAACCACUUUCCGGACCCAUGUCGCCAAUCACCGAAACGAACUAAGUGGUCAGUAUAAAUGCUUGAUUUGUGACCGCACGUUUGGGACAAAGGAUUGUCUCAAACGACAUGAAGUAACUCACACGGGCGAGAAAAGAUAUAAAUGUAUGUACUGCGAUAAUUCGUACAGCAGGUCAUAUAAUCUGCUCAUUCACCAUAGAAGUCAUACUGGGGAAAGACCGCAUAAGUGCCUAGAGUGUGGUCGAGCAUUUUCUCAAAGAAACGCACUAUUGAGGCACAUAUGUACCCCUGGCCACGUGAAGCCUCCGAAAUACCGAAGCAGGUUGAAGGUCGCCCUGCUUCCCAGCAAGGAUGGGCAUUGUCCGUAUCCGGGUUGUGACUAUACGGCUAGUACCUACAGCGCAAUGUAUGUGCACAGGCGAGCGAAGCAUAGACCUGUGUAUCAAUGUGAGGUGUGUAAAAAGUCGUUUGCUUUCGCGAAUCAAUUGAACGAACACUCAAGGCUGCACACGGGUGAGAAACCGUAUCCAUGCAGUAUAUGCGACCGAAGCUAUCGGACCGCGCAUAUUCUUCGUAACCAUUUGAAAACGCACUCCACGGACAGCAACUUUGCCUGCGAGAUCUGCCAAAAGAGUUUCAGUCUACCGGCGAGACUGAGGCAACACAUGCUUACCCAUUCAUCGGAACGGAAGUUUUCUUGUGAAAGCUGUGGAAAUAGCUACAAAACAAAAGGCGAACUAACGAAACAUAUUCAGCGCAAACAUAGCGACGAAAAUAAUGAAAUUAAAAAUGAAGAUGAAAACUUGCAAUGAGGGUUAGGAUUGUGGUGAAAACCAGUUUGCUUUUGAUAAAUAAAAUAAACAAUCCAUUUAUCAAUCAACGUAACAUUUUUUGGCGAUCAUAAACCAUUGGAAAAUUUUGAUUUUAUUGAAAUUUUGUUACAACAACUGUUCUACGAUUAUAUAUAUAUGGCUUCAAGAGAAAAGGUGACCUAAAGAAACACAAAAAGAACAAACAUUUUGAAGUAGAAAUGGUGAUGAAAAACGGCGGACGAAAUAAAAACGAAA